UUUUCAAACAAAAAAAAUAUGUACUCUGGGAUAAAUGAAAAAAAAUUUCUUAUAUAAAAAAUGAAACUACUUGAGCACCACGCUCUUCCAUAAAGCCUAAACAAUCACGUCCUGAAGUUUGAAAUUAUUCGGUGCAGCCAGUUUUAUAAAUAUUUUCACUUUCAUAUCACCUUAAUGCGUAAUUUGCGCGCUUGAGAAAUCUUCGAAUUUCUUGCGUUUUUCGUACGAAUGCAACGCCAUCUACCCGUGAAUCCUAGGAAUGAAAAAAAAAAGAGUACAAUUAGAAAAAUAUAAGAAUAUAUAAAUAUAAUAAUGUAACGUCACUGAGAGCAUAAAGACCGAUUCAGGAAGCCGCAGAGACGCGUGAGUUUAUUCUAGCUCGCAUUCGGAUCCCGAAGAAACGAACGAGUUGAAAGGGCCGUGUGAAAAUGCAUUAUAGUCUCGAGUCCCACGCUGCAGGUCGAGGCAUCUCUCUUUCUUGGAUGCUCAUCAAUUACGCGCGCGUUAGUAGCGACGAUCGAAGGCACACGGACGAGGGUCGAGGCACUCCUUGUAGAGGCGCUCACAAAACCUCGUCUUAUGCAAUGGGAUUUCACAGACCCCGUCACGAGACUCGCAUGCAAACACGAGACCCGAGGACGCGGCCGAACAACGAGGAGUCGUAAAGCGCGCUUUACUCGUCCAGGCCGUCCCUCUAAAUUAUUACUAUUAACAAGAGACUCUUCUUUCUUGCAGAUCCUGCUGCUCGGCUGUUUGGUAGACCUGGGAUUCGCCGGGCGAUAUCCAGAGCACAUCGCACCUGGGGAAGAAUCCAAGAGAGUGUUUCCUUGUAUAUCGGUCGGCUCGGUGCCGUUUCAUGCAAUUGCACCUGCGAUUUCCUGCGCCCUUAAGGCCGACAGUGCACUUCUUGGACCUAAUGUGGAUGUUCCUGCGCCGCGUUACGUAAAGAUCUCCGCGCCCUCUUACUACACUCCCCUGCCGAAAACAUCGUCAUUGGUGUACGUGGCGCCACCUGUCGUUAAAACCGCAUCCGCAAUUGUCGAACGUCGAGAGGACCAGGAACAUGAAUAUCACACGGAAAAGGAGGAAGUGGAUUAUAUGGGUUAUCCAAAGUAUUCCUUCAAUUACGGCGUAAUUGACGGUUAUACAGGAGAUUCGAAGUCUGCGUGGGAAGAAAGAGACGGCGACACCGUAAAGGGAGAAUACUCUGUAGUGGAGGAGGAUGGAACGAUUCGUACCGUUUCUUACACCGCGGACGAUCACAAUGGCUUCAACGCAGUCGUCACGAGAAGUGAACCGAACAAAAAACCUGCUUCGUCCAAGGAGAAAACUGUCGUUCCUUCCUUUAGGAGCAACAGGCGGCACUCGUUUUACUGAGAGAUAACGAGGGGCACGUUUUUCUAGGAUGGAGAAAGAGUUCAGUGAGAGUGUGGGAUUGAAAAAGCAACGAGUACAAAAUCAGAUGAACAUUUAAUACAAAAGUAAUAAAAUUAGGUAUUUAUAAAAGUGUUAAUCUAUGGAAGUGUUGGAGAGUAUACCGUUAAUAGACUCGCGAGGCAGAAUUA